UAAAGUCCCACCAACCAGCCCACCAGCCUCGCGCGGCUGAAGAAGGGGGCGGCGUGGGUGGAGCUGCGCUUGAACGUCACGGCGAAGCACGAAGGAGCAAGGCCUGACAAUUAAGUCACCCCCCCGCAGCAUCGAUUGCAAACUGCACACGCCUCGCCAUACCCACCGCACCGCACCGCGCUGCUGGACUGUUGCACCAAUUGGCCGGGCAUGCUGUCGCUUCGUCGAGGAGGCGCCUCGCUGGCGCGGCAGUCUCGGGCGCUGAGCCUGCGGCAGUCUAGGUCCUACGCCUCGGGCGGCCACGGCCAUGGCCACAGCCACCAGGUUGAGGAGUCCAUGGGCAUGGCAUUCUAUGCUACGUUUGGUGCCGUCCCCGUCUCGGCUGCCCUCUACUACGCGUGCCAACCCGGUGCGGACGGCCAGCCGUCCUCAUUAACACAGGCCAUCGGCCGACUCUCCGACUUCCGCAACGACUGGGAGACGCGCAACAACUGGCACACGCAGGCGAUUGAGCAGGCCGCCCACGACAAGAAUCUGUUCUACAACGUCCAGCGCAACACGCAUGUCGAGCUCAAGUUCCCCGAGAUCUUCCAGACAGGGUCGCCAUACAACGUCCCAGCCGGUCAUUACGGGAACAUGGACAAGGUGGUGGCUCACUACAAGCAGCAGCACCUGGAAGAGGAGGAGAGAAAAGCGAAGAAGCUGGCGGCAAAGCAGCUGGAAUGAUCGUGUUUUUUAUUGUAUGAUAUCCAGCCACGACACAAAAUCGACUAGAUCUCUGAAGAACGGCAAUUCCGAAUUUGCAUCAUCAUCUGUUAGCUGAAAUCAGCGAUCUAU